ACGGAUCACGAAAUUGCAGAUACUAUACACCAAUCGCUUCCUUUUGACGUAAAAUUUAUCAUAACUGAAAAAGUCAUUAUCGGAAUUUUCAUACGGCUACAAUAUUUCCAAUAUAGUUACUAUUCUGGCCAUGCCUUACCGUAGUAUACAUAUAUUGAUAAGCAAAGAAAUCUUAACCUCUUUAUCAGCGUACGUGAAUCAUUAAAUUAUUUCUGAUAGGUCCUGUCGUUAAAAUCAACCGGAAAAAAUGUCCAACAAAUUUUUAUAUUUCGCGUAUGGAAGUAACAUGUUAACAAAAAGAAUACACAUUAAUAAUCCAACGGCAGAACGCAAAAACAUUGGCCUUCUAAAGAAUUUCAGAUUGGACUUCUUAAGGCAUUCGAGAAGAUGGGGUGGAUGUAGUGCAACAAUUGUUCCAACAGAAAAUUAUAAUGUGUGGGGUGUAAUUUGGGAAUUACAUGAAUGCAACAUGGCCACAUUAGACUGCCAAGAAGGUGUUGCAAAUAAAGUAUAUUUUCCUCUAAUGGUUGAUGUCGAAACACCUGAUGGUCAAAUCUUAAACUGUAGAGUAUACCAGCAGUGUGACAGUCCAGAUGAACAUGUAAAACUACGACUACUACCAAGUCAUAGAAGACCUUCCCCAUUAUACAUAAAAACAAUAUUAGAAGGUGCAAAAGAAAAUAAGAUACCAGCUGAAUAUAUCAAGUUUCUGGAAAUUAUACCACAUAACAAUUACUCUGGAAAAUGUGAGGUUAACCUACCUUUGAAUGAAAGUUAGUUCGUGCGAUCGUUUUAUCUUUCAAAUGCCGUUUAAUUUCUGGAUCGUUUGUUACUACAUCAAGGACUUCCUCAGCUGACAUUUUAUCCAAUUGGUAUUUGGGUACUCUGAACAUUUUUAUGCGUUUAGAGUUUAUCUAAUUGUAAAAAAUGAUGCAUUUAUAUAGCUACUCUUAUUGUACAUGUAGUGUUUAUAUCACAUAAAUAUUGUAGCAAUGUUCUCGAAAUAAUUAAUAUAAUAAAUACGUGUAGUUGAACUUACCAACGUUGCUAUCACCAUGUUGUAAUUCAUAUCGAUUUCUGGCCAAGUUUGCUCCAUUACAUCUUUAUCUAAGUUAACUUCGUUUUCGCUUAUUAGAUGAUGUUUAACCGAGCAAAAGCCUGCCCAUAAUUCUGAGGCAAAGUGUGGUACUAUUGGUGCAAGCAUUAUAAUUUGGACAGCUAAUGCACGUUCGAAUUCACGACUUUUCUUCAUACAAUCCAAACAUACCUUCCGUAAACUUAAAAAUUGGAAACAAAAAAGAAUAAGUGGUUGUCUAUUGACUAUGUCUUCAAAAUAAUUUGAAAUAAGCACCUAUUUGUAAGUCCUUGCAUUCUUGAUAUCGCAACACUCAGUUGCUGAGAUUCGGUCAUGUUAUAUGUUACGGAUUUUAAGAAAUAAUUUCGACUAUCAAACAUAUAUGCAUCGUGCUGUUGAAAUUUAGGAUCGGUCGGUUUUGUUUGCAGUUCUUCCAGGCUGACAUUGUUACGGUAAUCCAUAAAACUUUUCAUGCUAUCCCAUAAACGAUUUUGCCAGUUCAUUAUUCCGCGACAGGCUAAAAUAUAGAAAUAUAUGUAUAAUAUAUUGUGGUACACUAAAUACAAAUGUUCUACACUUAA